AUGAAAGAUUCUUCUAACCCUAUUAUACCAAUUAUGUUUAUUCCUUUUAAUAAUGAUGAGAAUGAAUGUUGUUAUUGUAAAAGGAAAAUAUUCCUUAAUUCUAGAACAGACCAGCUAUCAAUAAAUGAAAUUCCACAUACUCAAAUUACAAAUUUUAAGUAUGUUGCAGAAGGAGGAUUUGGUAUUAUCUAUAAGGCGACUUGGUUAGGUCAAGAUGUUGCUGUAAAAAGAUUUUUGAAUUCACAUAACAUUAGUAAAUAUUUUUUAAAUGAGGUAAAAUCACUUUUCCAAUGUUAUAGUUUGGAAUAUAUCAUUGAAGUUUAUGGUAUUUCACAAGAUAUUGAAACAAAGGAUUAUAUGUUAGUAAUGAAGUAUGCAAGUGGUGGAAAUCUACAUAACCAUUUGCAUAAGAAUUUUAGUGAUAUUGCAUGGAAUAAAAAACUACAUACUUUAUGGAAAAUUUUAGAAGGCCUAAAUGUAAUUCAUAAAAACCAUUUUAUACAUCGGGAUUUUCAUAGUGGCAAUAUAUUGAUAGCACAUCAAACAUGGUUAAUUUGUGAUUUAGGAUUAUCAUUACCUGCAAAUUAUAGUUUAUCAAAUAAUGAAGUAUAUGGAGUAAUACCCUAUAUUGCACCAGAAAUAUUUAAGGGUGGCGCAUUUUCAAAGGAAUCAGAUAUUUAUAGUAUAGGUAUGAUUAUGUGGGAAUUAACAACAGGUUGUAAACCUUUUGCUAAUAUUGAUCAUGACGUGGAUUUGAUUUAUAAAAUUAUUGACGGAAAACAACCUGAAAUUACAAAAGAUACUCCUGAAUGUUUUGCUAAUUUAAUGAAAAGAUGCUGGGAUUCUGAUCCUUCAAGAAGACCUUUAAUUACUGAAAUUACAGAAAGUUUUAAUAAUUGGUAUCACAAGAAUAAAUAUGUAGAAAUAUUCAAACAGGCAGAACAAAAAAGAUUAGAAUUAAUACAAUUGAAACAACUCGGUCCUGAAUUCAGUGAAAAACCGCAUCCUGGUGCUAUAUAUACUAGUAGACCACUAAGCUCCAUGAUUUCUAAUUUAUCUUCAACUAGAUCAUUUAGUAUAAAACAAGAUAAUAUACUAAUUGAUGACAGUGGAGAAUAUAAUACCAAGGAACAAGAUCUUGAUAUAGACAUAAGUGAAUCAAAAAAGCGUAAUAUUACUAAAGUAUUACAAAUUGAAACUUCGGAUCAAGGAAAGCGCAUUAAAAUAGUUAAUAGAAAUUGA